GGGAGGGGAUGGGUGGCUGAACAAGGGGCGGAGGACACGGCGCAUGACAAUAAUGACGUCGCGACCUCUGGCGCGCCAGGCUCCGUCCACCCACCAGAAUUGGGGUCAUCAAUGCGAGACAGAUGCGGUUAAGGAACUUCGUAGGCCGCCGCCACGACAGGAGAGGCAUUUGAUAGCUGUUUACCAGGGGCUCCACGGGAUUUUCUUCGUUCUUUGUUCUUCUCUCUCCUUCUCUCUCUCUCUCUCUCUCUCUCUCUCUCUCUGUUUUGCCAAUCCGUGUCUUGUCUUUGGGCAAAUUUCUUCCCCGCUCUCACUGUCUCUGCACCCCCCGGACACGUCUCACGAGGGAGGUGGUGUCCAAUGCGCGUCGCGAAAUCAAGGGGACCUCUCAUGUUCCCUGAAGUUUGCGGAGGGGUAUGGAGAGAUAUACCGACAAGAGAGCCUCCAGACACUGGCCGUCUUUGGCACCAAGGUUUGGGCUAGGUUGGCUUAUAAAAGAUUGGAUUGGGGCAUACGAGACGUACCGCACAUACCAGCGCAUGCCUGAGCUACUCCAACUCAUUACUCGAACGGUGCGGUGCUCCAGUCGGUAACUCCGGGGAUGGGAUUAUGGAUAAGCGGAUAGGCCUCACUGUAUGCGAUAUACCGAGUCGCGAAGCGCAGCGAGAGCGUGGCCGGGAGGAAAUCGGACAGGUUUAGCUACAUAUCCGGGCAUAGCCCCACUCGCGGCUGCCACUGCACCACCCCGCGUUC